UCGAAUAAAACGUAUUCAUUUGUGGCGCUACCAGGGAACGCGGUGAAGAAACGUCCAAGGAGGAGGUACGACGAGAUCGAGAGGCUCUAUCGGUGCAGCUGGCCAAACUGCACGAAAGCCUAUGGAACCUUGAACCACUUGAACGCGCACGUCACCAUGCAGAAGCACGGAGGAAAGCGGAGUCCAGGAGAAUUCAAAGAGCUCCGCAAGCAGUGGCGCGCGGCCAAGAAAGAGGCCGAGGAACUUUCUCGAGAUCGUGCCCGU